GUAAACUUCCAACGUAUGUGUAUGUUACUCUGUUUUAAAAACUUCUUCGUAUUUUACGAAAACUCUUAAAACACUAAAAGUAAAUGAAAAACGAAUGUAUGGUCGAAAAUACAUAUAAUUGCUGCUAGUUACACUUAAUUAAAUAAUUAAAUAUAAUAUUACAAAAUAAAAUAAUUACAAAACUUUAACAUACAGCCAGAUAUGUUGCCCAAGAUGUGUAAAAGUGCAAAUUAUUUUAUUAGUGUUUUUCUCGUUAUGGUGACUUUUACUUUAUCCGAUGCCGUUAAGGAGAAUUGUAACAAGUAUGAAGACCUGCUUCAGAGGUGUUCCAUGGGGCUACCGGUUCUCAGUUCUCCCAACAUAAGUUUCGCACUAACGCGUGACGAUUUGGACAAGAGCUGCAUAGACCUCCUUGCCGGUAUCAAAUGCAUAGACAACUACACGGACGCGUGUAUGGAGAAACGCGAGAAAUUCCUCUUCCGUCGGAUCUACGCUGGCAUCACGGACGUCGUCCAAAGAUUGUGCACCAGAGGUGAAUACCAGGACGAAUACCUGAAACAUGCGACUUGUGUGAAAAGCGUCCGAUCAGAAUACGAAGUAUGUAGUAAGAACUACGAAGUCACAUUGACCACUUUGAGUAGCCGUAAUGAGUAUCAGACUGAUGAUAUGUCAACAACACACGAAGACUACUUAAAGACUGUUUGUUGUUCAUUCCAAGAGUAUCUACUGUGCUCUGAGCAGACAGUUCUAAAGGCUUGCGGAGAUGAGGCUGCCUUGUUCACCAGCGAAUUCCUGAAAAGCAUGGCAUCGAAUAUCAUUAAGAAUUUUUGCUUCGAAUAUCGGGGACAGGAAUGCGGCUUGGCAGGUAAAGCCUCUCUUAAUACACAUAGCGUUAUUUUGUUCGGUGUUGCCGCCUUAGCGCAUUUAACACUGAACGCUGGCAACCUAGUGCCCGCGUAAUUCACCACGAAUAGUUGCCAGGAAAUUAAAUUAUUGCACGAGGUUCUUGAUGUGGAAGCGUGGUUCUAAACGAGCAUAUCGGACGGUUGAAUGCUCACUCGACUGUGUAGUUAAUAGUGCGGAUGGAUGUUUACAGUUCCUCGGUUCGAAGCCUUAUUUUAUAAGUUAAACUUAUAUUUAGUUUUUCAUUACGUAUUGAUUUUAUUAAUCUAACUGUAUAUUGUAUUUAUGAAAUUCGUUUUGUUGAUGAUUAAAAUAAAUAAAAAUUUCGUUAUUGUUAUUUGUUGUAUUGUAAACUUUUAUUUAAAACAAAAAUUUGGUUACAUUUCAAAUUGAACAGCAAUAAUGUUUCUAGUCUAAUUUAAAUCUCGGUUAAUACGUAAAUAAUUUUAAUGCGAAAGACAUUUUAAAAAUUUUAAAUACGAAAACACACAGUUAAUAAAAAUUGGUGUAUUUUAAUUUAUUAGUUCUAAUGUAACAUUCGAAACAGAAUCAAGUAGUAAAAAAGAAAACUGUGCAAGUUAUAUGUAUGUAUAUCAACGUAGUACGGUAUUGUUCGAACUCAAAUGUUUGCAACGAAAAAUAUUAUUUUUGCUUUGAUAAUUAUGAAUUAGGUAAUUAAGAUGUUUGUUUUAAUCAAAAUUGUUGCUUAAAUUACACAUACACAUAUAAGUAUAUGCUUUUUUAUAAAACUAAUGGAUGAGGUAAACGAUCACGUGUCUGGUAAAUCAUAUCAGUAGUCAAAGGGAUUUCCGGUGUCGUAAUAUUAACUUGAGAUCGCGAACAAAAUUAAAUUAUAAGCGAUUUUAUUAAUUAUGAUUUAUUUUUAGCACGGAAGUCAAAUAAUUAUAAUAAUACUAUUUUAUAAAAGUUUUGAAUAGCUAUAAUAUAUUUUUUUAAAUUCAAAGUUACGACUCGUGUCAAAUGAGAAUUAAUAUAUUUGAAGGAAAUACAAACACAAAAAAAAA